AUGGACUUCGGCAAGCUUGGCAAGAUGGCCCAGGACGCGGCCUCCAACUUUGGCGGCAGCAACAACAACAACAGCGGCGAGGCGCAGCAGAACAUCCAGGGCGGCGAUAACAACAACGGCGGGGGUAACAACAACAACAAUGCCGAGCAGCAGUGGGCCGGCGUCGGCCAGAUGGCCAAGAAGGCGGCCGAGGACUUCAAGGACCGGCAGGCCAAGGGCGAGUCGGUCGACUACCAGGAGCUCGGCAACGUGGCCAAGCAGGCGGCGAGCGCGUACAGCGACACCGACGCCGGCAACCGCGACGUGCAGAGCAUCGGGCGCAUGGUGGCCAGGGGCUUCAGCGGCGGCGACCAGCAGCAGCAGCAGCAGCAGCAGCAGUAG